CAAGUGGCCGCGCCAGGGCAGGAAGGAAGCUGUCGUUGCUCGAGAUGAGAAGCGGCGUCUCCGCCUUCUGCUCUGCCUGCCCGAAAGACCUGCGGCAAGUGGGGAGAGGCCGCAAUGGCCGGACGGCCGCCGCCGCCAGUGGGGGGGCUUCGAGAGGCGCUGGAGGUUCACUUGCAGGGCCUGAGCAUCCAAGCGCUCAGCGUGGAUCACCCCGAAGUAUUCACAGUUGAAGAAAUGAUGCCAUAUGUACAACACUUAAAAGGAGCUCACAGCAAAAACCUUUUCCUUAAAGAUAAGAAGAAAAAAGGCCUUUGGCUGGUGACAGUUCUGCAUGAUCGACAGAUCAAUUUAAACGAUUUGGCAAAGAAACUGGGUGUUGGAAGUGGGAACCUGCGCUUUGCUGAUGAAGCAGCCAUGUUGGACACCCUGAAAGUUGGCCAGGGAUGUGCAACCCCCUUAGCUCUUUUCUGUGAUGAGGGAAAAGUGAACUUUGUUUUGGAUGCUGGCUUUCUGGAAGGAGGUCAUGAUAGGCUUUAUUUUCACCCAAUGACCAAUGCAGCAACUAUGGGACUACACCCGGAUGACUUCCUAAAAUUUCUGAAGUCCACAGGACAUGAACCUAUAAUUGUGCAUUUUGAUGAAAACAGCCAGUAGCUUUAUAACCCAACAGAGUAUCUUUUGGAACUUGCAUUAGCACACACAAUAUCCUGCAUUCAGAAAGGUUGCAAACAUCUGCUAUACAGUUCAUCUUUCAAGUGAGCAGAAAGAUUAUAAAAAGCAAGUAAUAGAAAAAAAAGUCACUAAAUUAUUGGUAAGGGAAGGUGUGUGCAAUAUUUUGGUGGCCAAGAGCCAUGCUGAUCAUUGGGGGGAAAUUAUGGGCUAUGAGGAGGGUGUUGCCCAACAUAUGUUUGUAAGACAAGAUUUUGGAGGAGAAUUGGAUUUUAAUUGUGAUUCAUUUCCCAUUUUAAAAUGGCAGGAAACUGCAUCAUCAGUUUUCAUCUUCAUGGCCACAAACAGGUAACUUGAGAGCUGCAUGUUGCCUAACCCAGGUUAGGAGCAAGAUCACUUACAUUUUAUCUGUAUUGGAACUGGUUUCAGGGACAUACUGUGCUAAUAAAUCAGUUGAUUAAAUACAUCUGAUUAUAUCUGAUUCAUGGGUGUUGGGAAUGCCAGUGUUUUAAUCCUCAUUAGAACCUUAGCCAAGCACAAAAGCUUUUAUGUGAAACCAAAAAGAAACAUGUAUUCCAGAAGUUCUACGAGCCAUGGUUGGCAGAAAGAAAACCAUGUCACCUCAUCUCUUCCCUUAGCUGCAUAUUCCACUGGCCCACCUGAUCUUCUCAAUACCUUCCCUUGGCUGUCAUUGCCAUCUUGGCUUUUUCCCACUCUUAUCCUCUCCCCCAGUGCUGCUUGGAGCCAUAUUCCAGUUGAUAUUCAGAACAAAAUAGUUCCAUGUCAUUCUGUAUCUGGAACACAAAAAUGCAAGUUUGGUUCAGACAUGAGCUAUCCACAUUUCUAUUAAAAGUUCUCCUCUA